GCCGACAGCACCAUAGUCACCAUUAAUCACCCAGGGCCAUUGUGGUCCUGUCCUCUAUACGGCGGCAGUGCGGGCAGGCAGGCAGACAGAGAGGAAGAAGGAGAGAGGAAGAGGCAGAGGAAGAGGGAGAUAGGGGGCAGGGUGGCUGCAGGGAGAAAGAGUGGGAGAGAAUGGUUGGGGAUCAGCCUGUAUGUCCACCUCAGCUCCUGCUGCAGGGCUGGGGAGCGUUGCUGCUGUCUCAGUGCUUGUCCUCCGUGUCCUCCCAGGUCCCGGAUCCCGAGCUUUUGCCCACAGAUCCCCCAAAGAAGCCGGACCCCAUCACCUCAGAGUCUGUUGUUUUCUGGGGGCUGCGGUUAUGGCAGGUCAUCGCCAUCUUUUCGUUGUUUGUUUUAGCAAUUGUCAUCACCCUAUGUUGUAUAUUCAAAUGUCGAAUCCCGAGAACCAAAAAGGAAAUAGAGGCACGGCACGCGCAAAGACUGGCCGCCAAAAAAUACGCCAACACAUUAGAGACAGUGCCACCUCUGAACGAGCUGACUGAGAUCCCAGGAUCCACCCCAAGUGCUUCUGCAGUAGAGACAGUCUCUGAGCAGGUCCAAACUCAAAGUGCUAACAGCCAGCCCUCAGCAGUUAGGGUCAGCGAGGAGCAACCCAGCUCCCUCACCUUGCCAGAGACAGGCUGAUUUCUGCUCUCAUCUUCUUUGAGACUCUCCACCUGGCUAAGUGACUUUAGAAUACACAGUGUACACACUGGUGGCCACCCUUAAGCUCCUCUUCAUGCAACAGCCAUAUCUAUCUGGUCUUCCUUAUUUCUAUCGCAAGAGAAAUUCCAGCAAAUAGAAAAGCAUCUCCCAUUAACUGCUCACCACAUCACUUGUGAAGUUUAUUAGUACAAUUUGAACUGUCCAAGGAUUGUUUUGUGGCGCAGUAGUGCAGCAGUAACUAUGUACAGUAGAAAAUAAGACUGUUAAUGUGGCUUCAAAAACAGAUUGUGAUGCUUUUGCAUAUUUAAUUACUUUUGUGCAGCUGGCCUUUUGUAGUUUACACUUUUGUAAUUUUUGAGAUGCUCUGCUUUCUUAAGAUGUUUUAAAUAUGAUAUAAUUAUUUGCUUCGUGCAUAUUUGCAUGGAAACGUCAAGAGCAUAUGACUUUGAUAACAAUUAUGAGAAAUAAUGAGACAGAAAAAAAUGCUAAUACUGCAAGCAGGGAAAAUUGUAACGCAUGCUGUUUGUGAUCUGUUAUAGUCUGUUUCUACCUGUUUGCUCUCCUAAGGUUAGCUUUGAAUGAAGCAAAUCAUUCACACUAUCUCCCGUUAGUGUAGAUUGAAUAUGAUUAUUGAUGUCAAGAACACUGAUCUCAUCUGUAAUUAAAUGUUCUGGUCUCUCU